AUGGCUUUAGAGGUGCCCCAGCUAGGGGCAGAGGGUCCUUCUGAUUCUUAUUUCUGUGCCAUGCCGGAGAGUUCAUGUCAUCCACCGGCUAUCCAGGUUUCUUCCAGCGGGCCUAUGGGUUAUCAGGGUCAGCCAUCAGGGCAGCAGCUGUUGCUUGAUAUGAUUGAUUUUGAGGUCAUCCCGGGCAUGGAUUGGUUAUCUCCAUAUCACGCCGUCCUUGAUUGCCAUGCCAAGACGGUUUCACAAGUGAUGCCAGGAUCGCCGAGAUUGGAGUGGAAGGGGUUUUUGGCCUAUCUAGCUUAUGUUCGAGACGUCACCGCAGAGUCUCCAGCGAUUGAUUCAGUGCUAGUAAUCCGAGAGUUCGCCGAUGUUUCUCCUUCUGAUCUUCCUGGCAUGCCUCCGGAUCGUGAUAUUGAUUUCUGCAUUGAUUUGGCUCCAGGCACUCAGCCUAUAUCCAUUCCACCAUACCGUAUGGCUCCUAAGGAGUUGAAGGAGUUGAAGGAGCAGCUGGAGGAGUUGUUAGCAAAGGGAUUUGUCAGGCCCAGUGUAUCGCCUUGGGUGUCAGGAGAGGUUAUUAAGGUAGAUCCCAAGAAGAUUGAGGCAGUUCAGAAUUGGCCACGUCCUACUUCAGUGACCGAGAUCAGGAGUUUCCUGGGAUUAGCAGGUUAUUAUCGACGAUUUGUGCAGGGCUUUUCAUCCAUUGCAUCACCUUUGACCAAAUUGACCCAGAAGGGUGCCCCAUUCCGUUGGUCCGACGAUUGUGAGGAGAGCUUCCAGAAGCUCAAGACGGCUUUGACUACGGCACCAGUGCUUGUGUUGCCAUCCGGAUCAGGGAUGUAUACGGUCAAGUAUGAGAACCAGAGGCCAGGUGGCCUAUUUCAGCAUAUGCCUAUUCCUGAGUGGAAGUGGGAGCGCAUCACCAUGGAUUUCGUAGUUGGGUUGCCGCGGACUUUGCGGAAGGUUGAUUCAGUGUGGGUCAUUGUGGACCGGUUGACCAAGUCGGCUCACUUCAUUCCAGUGGCGACUACUUAUACAGCGGAGAGGUACGCUCAGAUUUAUAUUCGAGAGAUAGUCCGAUUGCAUGGUGUGCCGGUUUCCAUCAUAUCAGACAGAGGCCCUCAGUUCACUUCCCAUUUCUGGAGAAAGGGCAAGCUAAGCCCCAGGUUUAUUGGACCCUUUGAGGUGUUGAGGCUAGUUGGGGAGGUUGCCUAUGAGCUUGCUUUACCCCCCAGUUUAUCGGGAGUUCAUCCAGUUUUCCAUGUUUCGAUGCUUCGGAAGUACCAUGCCGACCUGUCCCAUGUGUUGGACUUCAGUACUAUUCAGUUAGAUGAGAGUUUGGGCUAUGAGGAGGAGCCAGUUGCCAUCAUUGAUAGACAGGAUCGCCAGUUGAGAUCCAAGAGGAUUCCUGCAGUGAGGGUCCAGUGGAGGGGCCAACCGGUCGAGGAGGCGACCUGGGAGUCCGAGGAGGACAUGCGGAGCAGAUAUCCCCAC